GUUAUGUAGGCUGGUACUACUAUUGCUUAACUGGAGACGAAAAUUGUGGAAUAAAACUAUAUCUGAGACAUAAGAAUUAUGUCACAACGCAAUCAUCGAGUGGACCGUUUCGCCCAGAUGACGAAGCAGGAGGAGAUCAUAGCUAAGAAACGGCAGGAAAUCCUCGAAAAGCAAAAAACGGCGCAGUUGGCAAAGGCGGUGGCAGCGGCUCAAAACCUAGCAGCGCAACUAAAAACAGAGACUCCUGCUGUAAAAACUACGACAGCCGAAGAGGAAGAGGAGGAGGAUGCCCAACACCAGGACAUCACUGCUCAAGACAUAUCCCUCACCGCUGGUGCGGAGGGUAAUGGCCUGGAAACGAUUCACACCGAAGUCACGGGAAGCAAGGGAAAAUCGGACGACCCAGUGGCCCACAAGUCGCUGAAUAGCUUCACUGGCAAGACAGGGAAGAUCACAUUUGGACAGAAGCGACAGCAGCUGCCACAACCCAGUGUGGAACAGCCGCCUCCAAAGGUAAAGAACACAUUCUGCAACGAUGGUUCCUUUCUGGAGAAUUUCAAAAAAAUACUCGAAAAGCAUGAGAAGCCUCCGCAGCCUAUACUGGUUCCCCCCGUUCCAGUGCCAAGUUGCAGCGCUGAGGAAAACAAACUUCUAGAGACAGACACCGCUGAGAACGGCAGUCCCCAUUUAGAGGCGGCCAUAGCAAUCAGCUCUGCAGCAGCCUUGGCCACAUCCAUUACGGUGACUAGUUCGGCGCCAACUCACCUGGCUUUUGGGUUGCCCGUCCAGGCAGUGCAGCCCCCGCCACCUCCACCGUUCGCCUUCAAUCCCACGCUUUUGCAACAGGGACCACCGCAAAUGCAGCUGCCAGCUGCAUUUUUUCACGGCCACUUGCCGCUGCACCUCCAUCCCGCGGCAGUCGCUCCUCCGCCUCCGCCGCCACCACCACAACUGCCAAUCGCACUGACCAACAUGGGGCAGAUUUACAUGCAGCUUGGACCGACUCCAGUGGAAGCCAUGCAGCUUAAUACCAUACCUGCUCCCAAAGAGUUUGACUUAAAUGCGAUACCCAAGCCACAAAUAAACCUUGAGGCUAUACAAAUGCCCACUAUCGGUGGUCAUUCAGCAGAACAGCUAGGUCUCUUGCCGGAGCACAUGGGAAUAUCAGUCAAUCCUCACCCACCGCCACCGCCGCCACCUGUUUUGGAGGACUUGGAGCAACAGCAGCAGCAGUCACAUUUGCAACAAGUUGGUCCUUCUCAGCCUGCACAGCCAACAACUGCAACGCCUCAAGUUUUUUCAGAAACGUGCAUACAAUUGCCAACGUGCUUAGAAAACCUAAUUGCACUGGUCGCGGAAAACGGUGAAGAUUAUGAAGAUAAAAUACGUUUGCAUAGAAGCGAGUUGCAUCCAGCCUUGUGGUUUCUUUAUGAUAAGAGCUGCGAGCAGUAUCGAAGCUAUCGCGCCCAACUUCUUGACUACGAGCGGCAACGCGUUGAGCGGCAAAAGGAGCGGGAGCAUCAGCAGCUAAACCGGGAUCAACAGCCCCAAUCCAAGGAGCAAGAGGCUCAGCCACAGAACGAAGAGCAGCUUAGCAACUCAGCAGCCGACAAGUACGACCCUGAGUCGGCCAUCAGUGCAGAUUUUGACUCGGACGAUGAAUACAUGCGGGGCAUGAUGGAUCGCAACCGGGAUAACAUCAAGCGUCGCAUUGAGUGCCGCAACGAGUUAAGCGACGAAGAACGACGCGAGCGAGAAGAGGCUGCUGCCGCCGGAGGAGCUCCAGAUGGCGAUGAUCUGGACGAUCAGGAGGACAAGGAGACUCAAAGGCAGCGGCGGAAGCGCGAGCGGAAAAGCCGCUGGGGCGAAAAAGAACAACAGUUACCCACCUCAAGCACCUCGGGAAACUUUGGUAACCAAAACAAACCCAUGCUUAGCAACAUCACACGUACGGAUCCCGCCCUUUUGCAGUAUGCUCGUCUCAACUACGGAUCUACACAGCUAAGCGAGGAGCAGUGGAAGCAGUGUGAGGAGCACUACAAAGUAAACCUGUUGUAUCAGGACAUGAUGCGUAAGCGUCAGGAGAUCGAUCGCCUGGCCCGCGGCGGAAAAUUUAAGUAUGAGUAUGACUCGGACGAAGAUAUUGAAGGUGGAACUUGGGAGCACAAGUUGCGCACAGCAGAAAUGGAGGCCACGUCACUGUGGGCUAACGCUCUGACCAAGCAAAGCGAGGGAAAGCAUCACAUUGGCGACUUCCUGCCACCCGAGGAGCUCAAAAAGUUCAUGGAGCAGUACGAGGCAAAGAAGAACAACCGGCAACCGGAUCUGAGCGACUACAAGGAGUACAAGCUUAAAGAGGACAACAUUGGAUUCCAAAUGUUGCAGAAGCUCGGCUGGAAGGAGGGACAAGGCUUGGGUCAGGACGGUGCUGGAAUCGUAGACCCCGUCAACAAGGCUCCGCAGCGAGAUGGAAACCAAGGACUUGGGGUAAGCAGCGCUGCCCAGCCAGAGGACUGCGACAAUGAAUACGACGCCUACAGGAAGAGAAUGAUGUUGGCUUAUCGUUUUCGUCCGAAUCCUUUGAAUAAUCCCCGACGCGCCUACUACUAGAACUACCUUAAAUUAUCACCGCUCACAUUAUCCCAAUAUCCUCAGUUCGCUUACUGAACGUAAAUUUCUGCUGAAUAAAAUGUCAUUGUUUAAAGUAAACAACGGCAGCCAGUGUUA